AUGGACAUGACCAAAUGGUCAGAUGAUUGCCACUCUUCUAGUUUUUCUAAUUCUUCUUUUGUUGGUGCUUCUGGAAUUGCUGGUUUUGGCUUUUGUUUGUUGCCUCACAAUAUUGGUGAUUUUGGUGGUUUCAUUGUGAGCCAUGUUUUGAGUGUUGAUCUUGUUCAAAGUGCUGGACUUUUCGAUUUUCCAACUGCUAACCUCUCUACUUCUUGGGAAAAUAUCCCUUCUCUGCGCUAUUCUAUAAGUUUCUCAGAUGGAUCGACGAUCAGACCCGUCCUUGUCAGGGGAUUCUUGGGGCCAAGGUUCGGUUGCGGUUUCUACUGCAACGGAAACUGCGAAUCUUAUCUUUUCGCCAUUUUUAUUAUUCAAAGCGAGUUAGGUCCAUUAUUUAUCUCUCCCGAUGCUCCAGUUGAUACCGUUCUCGAUUUUGGAUUUCCUCAAGUAGUUUGGUCUGCCAACAGAAAUAAUCCUGUCAGAAUCAAUGCAACCUUGCAACUCACAUCGGAUGGAGAUUUAGUCUUGAAGGAUGCCGAUGGAACUAUUGCUUGGUCGACAGAUACUGGUGGCCAGUCUGUUUCAGGCUUAAAUAUGACGGAUAUGGGCAACUUGGUGCUUUUUGAUGAUAACAAUGCCAUUGUUUGGCAAUCUUUUGAUCACCCAACUGACUGUUUAGUUCCUGGCCAAAAGUUGAAGGAAGGGCAGAAACUUAUUCCUAGCGUUUCUGCAACAAAUUGGACAGAAUUAAGUUUGCUUUCACUAACGGUCAGUAAAACAGCAUGUGUUGCUUUGAUCGAGUCUAGUCCACCUCAAGCGUAUUAUGAAACUUAUUCUAGUGGCACGAAAACAAACGAAGAACCAACAUAUGUUGUCCUUGAGAACGGAAGCUUUACUUUGUUUGUUGAUUCUAACACAAGGACGUAUGUAACUAUACCUGUGGCCUUAUCAGCACAGUACUUAAGAUUCGGUGCGACUGGGCAAUUGAGGCUUUACGAAUGGAAUACACAAGGGGCAGCCUGGAGAAUAGUUACUGACGUGACUAGCGUAACAGGAGGUGUGUGUUUCUACCCUACAGUUUGUGGAAAUUAUGGGAUCUGCUCAAAAGGGCAAUGCAGUUGUCCCGCAUCAGAUAGUGGAAGAACAACCUAUUUUAGGCAUGUAAAUGAUAGAGAGCCUAAUCUUGGGUGUUCUGAAACUACUUCCUUGUCUUGUGAAGUUUCAGAAUAUCACAAUUUCUUAGAGCUCACAGACACUACCUAUUUCUCCUUUCGCACGGACCUCGAAAAUGUGGAUUCAAAAAGAUGCAAGGAGGCUUGUUUACAAAAUUGUUCUUGCAAAGCUGCUAUUUUUAGAUAUGGUUCUGAUCAUGCUAAUGGAUCUUGCCACUUGCCAAAUCAGAUACUUUCACUGAUAAACAAUGAGCCAGAAGCAACGGAUUAUAACUCCACUGUAUUUGUAAAGGUACAAAAUAACUCAAUAGAUAAGGUGGAAAAUAACUCAACUACAGCUCGGCGAAAGGCGAAAAACAGGGUGGCAGUAAUAUUAGGGUCUAGCCUAGGAUCUUUCUUCGGUCUUCUUCUUUUGGUUGGAAUAUUUGUGCUUUUAGUAUGGAAGGAAAGAAAUGGUGAAGCUGAAGAAGAUUAUCUGGAUCAAGUACCAGGAAUGCCUACUCGAUUUUCUUUUGAAGAUCUAAAAGCAAUAACAGAAAACUUCCGUAAGGUUCUUGGUGAGGGAGGAUUUGGCACAGCGUUUGAAGGUACAACAGCAGAUGGCACCAAAAUUGCUGUAAAGCGUCUCAAUGGUUUAGACCAAGUAAAGAAAUCAUUCUUGGCUGAAGUUGAGUCAAUUGGUAGCCUUCAUCAUAUGAAUCUGGUAAGACUACUUGGAUUUUGCGCUGAAAAGUCCCACAGGCUUCUUGUUUAUGAGUUCAUGUCCAAUGGGUCUUUAGACAAAUGGAUUUUCCAUCAAAGUCGUGAGUUUGUUCUUGAUUGGAAGCAGAGAAAGAAAAUCAUCCUUGAUAUAGCAAAGGGACUGACCUAUCUUCACGAAGAAUGUAGUCAGAAAGUAAUCCACCUAGACAUCAAACCCCAAAAUAUUCUCUUGGAUAAUCAAUUCAACGCAAAAAUCUGCGAUUUCGGAUUGUCCAAACUGAUUCACCGAGAUCAAAGCAAAGUUGUGACGACAAUGAGAGGCACUCCUGGGUAUUUAGCGCCAGAAUGGUUGAGCUCAGUAAUCACAGAAAAAGUGGACAUAUAUAGCUUCGGAAUUGUUGUCCUGGAAAUGUUGUGUGGAAGAAGAAAUAUUGAUCCCUCUCAGCCAGAAGAACUGAUGCAUUUACUAAGCAUCUUUGAGAAGAAGGUAGAGGAGAACCGAUUGGUAGAUUUGGUUGAUAGCUGCAUUGAAGAUAUACACAGAGAAGAAGUAAUGAAUCUGAUGAGGCUGGCGGCCUGGUGUUUGCAAAGGGACCAUACCAGAAGGCCUUCCAUGUCAAUGGUAGUUAAAGUCUUGGAAGGUGUUGCUGAAGUUGAGGAUGACCUAGACUACAACUUGCCCAAUCCAGCAUCCAAUAGAACUUUUGCAGAAGCUUCUCCAUUGGUGCCUUUUGUUCUCUCCGGGCCAAGAUGAUGGUUUUCCAUUAUUUUUAUUUUCAUAUGAAAAAUCAAGAAUUUUUCAGUAAUAUGCUGCAUAGUCUUUUCGGUAAGAGUUUUCAUAUGUUGCUUUUCAGAACCAAGUUCUGACUUCUGUGAAGAAAUGCUUUCACAUUUCUAUGCUUUGCCUUAUCAUGCUGGAG